AUGAGAGCUCAUGGUGCAUGUGACAGCAUUGCAGCGAUGAGUGGAAUUUUAAAGAGGAAGUUUGAAGAAGUUGAUGGCACCUCACCUUGUCCCUGUGUGUGGGAAUCAGAUGAUGACAUUUCUAGCAGUGAAAGUGCUGACAGUGGUGAUAGUGUCAAUCCAUCCACUUCUAAUCAUUUUACCCCUUCUUCAAUCCUGAAGAGAGAGAAGAGGAAGAGAACAAAAAAUGUCCAUUUUAACUGUGUUACUGUGUAUUACUUCACGAGAAGGCAAGGCUUCACCAGUGUUCCCAGCCAAGGGGGAAGCACGCUGGGAAUGUCCACUCGCCACAACAGCGUGCGCCAAUACACGCUCGGAGAGUUUGCAAUGGAACAGGAGAGGCUUCACCGAGAGAUGUUAAGAGAGCACCUAAGGGAGGAAAAACUCAAUUCUCUAAAAUUAAAGAUGACAAAGAAUGGUACAGUGGAAUCUGAAGAAGCCAAUACCCUGACACUGGAUGAUAUUUCCGAUGAUGAUAUUGAUCUGGACAACACUGAAGUAGAUGAGUACUUCUUCCUCCAACCCCUGCCGACAAAAAAGCGAAGGGCGUUGCUCCGAGCUUCUGGAGUGAAGAAGAUUGAUGUGGAAGAAAAACACGAGCUGCGGGCCAUCCGCCUGUCCAGAGAGGAUUGUGGCUGUGACUGCCGUGUGUUCUGUGAUCCAGAAACUUGCACCUGCAGUCUUGCAGGCAUAAAAUGUCAGGUGGAUCGUAUGUCUUUUCCAUGCGGUUGCACUAAAGAAGGGUGUAGCAAUACAGCAGGUAGAAUUGAAUUUAAUCCUAUCCGUGUACGGACUCACUUUUUGCACACAAUAAUGAAACUUGAAUUGGAGAAAAAUAGAGAGCAGCAAGUUCCAGCACUAAAUGGCUGCCACAGUGAGAUCAGUGCACACACUAGUUCUAUGAGUCCAGGACCCCAUCCGGCUGAAUAUUCAAUUGCAGAAAAUUUUGAGAUUGAAACGGAACCUCCGGCUGCAGUUAUGCAUUCUCAGGCAGCCGAGGACUUGGGCUGCCCAGGGGAAGAGGAGGAAGAGGAAGAUGGGAGUAGCUUUUGUAGUGGAGUUACAGAUUCUAGCACACAGAGUUUAGCCCCUAGUGAAUCAGAUGAUGAUGAAGAGGAAGAGGAAGAUGAGGAGGAAGAUGAGGAGGAAGAAAAAGCAGAUGAUUUUGUAGAAAGCAUGGGCUCCCAUGCUGAUAUGGUGCCUCUUCCUUCUGUCCUUUGCUACUCUGAUGGAACUGCUGUGCAUGAAAACCACUCUAAAAAUGCCUCAUUCUAUACUAACUCUUCAAACCUGUAUUACCAAAUAGAGAACCAUGUUGCUGGCACUGCUAACCAGAUCGGUGAGACUUAUUCAGAAAGGGAUGCUGUCAAGAAUGGUAGUCUUUCUCUGGUGCCUUACAACAUGACUUCAGAACAGUUUGUUGACUACACACGGCAAUCAGAGGAAACUUUUAGCAGCCCUCAUUACCCUUCUGCAAAUCCCUCAGUGAUUGUUUGCUGCUCAUCUUCUGAAGGUGAUAGCAGUGCUCCAUGUAACAGUUUAUACACUGAGCAUAGGCCAAGUCACCCUCAAGUGGAAUUUCACUCGUACUUGAAAGGUCCUUCUCAAGAUGGCUUUGUUUCAGCUUUGAAUGGCGACAGUUGUGUACAAGAGCACCCUGCCGAGAAUUCACUGAGCCUCCCAGAAAAGAGCAGACUGCACGAAGAGUGCAUCAAAUCACCGGUGGUAGAAACGGUACCUGUUUAAUAUUAAAAUUAUUCUAGGACUGACUGCCUGUAUUAAAAU